UCAUGUUCCUUUAAGCCCCGGAGGUCACUUCCCUGUCUCCUCCUCCUCCUCACUGUGGUUCAUGUUCAGUUCUGCGUCAGGGACAAAUCUGUCAACUGGAGCAUUUGUCGGAUUCCAAACUGUCUCUUCUUCAUCGAGCUACAAGAUCCACCAACAGAAUGACCUUCACAUGUGACCAGUGUGGGAAGGUGUGUCCAAAAGCUUACGCACUGAAAAGACACUACAGAACUCACACGGGAGAGAGACCGUACAGCUGUGACCAGUGUGAGAAAACAUUUUCACUUUCAAGCAGCCUGAUAUCACACAGGAGAAUCCACACAGGAGAAAAACCUUACAAAUGUGACGUUUGUGAGAAAACUUUUACACAGGCAAACACUCUAGAAAUACACAUGAGAACCCACACCGGGGAGAAACCGUUUGAAUGUGACGUGUGUGAGAAGACAUUUUCACAGUUAAGCAACCUCAUGUCACAUUUGAGAGUCCACACAGGAGAGAAGCCGCACGAGUGUGACCAGUGUGGGAAGGUGUGGCAAAAAGCUUCUGACCUGAAAGUCCACUACAGAACUCACACUGGAGAGAGACCGUACAGAUGUGACGUUUGUGAAAAGGCAUUUUCUCGGUCAGGGACCCUCGUGUCACACAUGAGAGUCCACACAGGAGAGAGGCCGUACAAGUGUGACCAGUGUGGGAAAACUUUCUCUAAAUCAUCCCAUCUCAGUAAACACAAGAGAACUCACUCCUGGCAGAUCCUGUACGAGUGUGACCAGUGUGAAAAGGCUUUUAGAACAUCCCAGGAGCUCUCCAGUCACCACCAAACACACACAGGAGACGAACCAGACGAGUGUGAAGAAAGAGGAGAAGGACUUCAGGUCUGUGAGGAACCGUCUGAAACACGUCCAAAUGUUCCAGAGUGGUGGCGAGACGUCGACAGGAGGAACCUUCGAGCCAACGUUGUUCUGGAAAACAUCGUGCUCCAUCUGACGAGUGUGGACGGAAAAAUCUGGAAGGAGGCGCCAACUCCAAAGACUCCACUGAAAGAAGAAGAAGAAGAAGAAGAAGAGGAGGAGGAGGAUGUUGAUGUUGAUGAAGAGGAGGUCACUUCCCUGUCUCCUCCUCCUCCUCACUGUGGUUCAUGUUCAGUUCUGCGUCAGGGACAAAUCUGUCAACUGGAGCAUUUGUCGGAUUCCAAACUGUCUCUUCUUCAUCGAGCUACAAGAUCCACCAACAGAAUGACCUUCACAUGUGACCAGUGUGGGAAGGUGUGUCCAAAAGCUUACGCACUGAAAAGACACUACAGAACUCACACGGGAGAGAGACCGUACAGCUGUGACCAGUGUGAGAAAACAUUUUCGUCCUCAAGUAUCCUAAUAGCGCAUAAGAGAAUCCACACAGGAGAAAAACCGUACAGAUGUGACAUUUGUGAUAAAACCUUUUCACAGUCGAGCAACCUCGUCACACACAUGAGAGUUCACACUGGAGAGAGACCGUACAGAUGUGUUGUUUGUGAGAAGACGUUUGCACACUCAAGUAAACUGGUGUCACAUAUGAGACUUCACACAGGAGAGGGGCCGUACGAAUGCGACCAGUGUGGAAAGGUGUGGUCAAAAGCUUCUGACCUGAAAGUCCACUACAGAAUUCACACAGGAGAAAGACCAUACAGCUGUGACCAGUGUGGGAAGGGAUUUAUCCACUCCGGAGCGCUCAAUGAACAUAUGAAAAUCCACAUGGGACAGAAACCGUUCAAAUGUGAUGUUUGUGAGAAGAAAUUUUCCCGGUCGGGCCACUUAGUGUCACACAUGAGAAGCCACACUGGAGAAAAACCGUUCAUCUGUGACGUUUGUGAGAAAACAUUUUCACAGUUAAGCUCCUUAGUGUCACAUAUGAGACUCCACACGGGAGAGGGGCCGCACACAUGUGACCAGUGUGGAAAGGUGUGGUCAAAAGCUUCUGACCUGAAAAGACACUACAAAACUCACACAGGAAAACGACCGUACAGCUGCGACCAGUGUGGGAAGGGGUUUAAACACUCUGCUGCGCUCAAUGAACAUAUGAAAAUCCACACAGGAGAGAAACCGUUUGAAUGUGAAGAGUGUGGGAAGGGAUUUAGACACUCCAUUGCCCUCCAGCAUCACAUGAGAGUCCACACAAGGGAAACAAACAGAUGUGAUGUUUGUGAAAAGGCAUUUUCACGAUCAAGUAACCUGUUAAUACACAUGAGAGUCCACACAGGAGAGAAACCGUACGAGUGUGACCAGUGUGGGAAAACUUUCUAUAAAACAUCUAAUCUCAACAGACACAUGAGAACUCACUCCUGGCAGAUCCUGUACGAGUGUGACCAGUGUGAAAAGGCUUUUAGAACAUCCCAGGAGCUCUCCAGUCACCACCGAACACACACAGGAGACGAACCAGACGAGUGUGGAGAAAGAGGAGAAGGACUUCAGGUCUGUGAGGAACCGUCUGAAACACGUCCAAAUGUUCCAGAGUGUCAUGACCCGACUCUUGGUUGUAUCAAACUUUCUCUCCUGCUCCAAACUGUGAGUCAGGAAAGUCCAGAAAAAGACUCUGUUAUUGUCUCUGUCCUGCUCCACAAAAACUCUGAGCACCGACCCAAAGAGCAAGUUUUUCCAAAAGAGGCAGCAGAUGUCAAAAUCCUCCAAAGACAAAAGCUGCUCCAGGUCUCAGGAAGAACAGUGGACGCUCCAGAUGUAAAAAUCCUCCAGUGGAACAAACGUUCUGUGAAUGUGGAUGUCGCCCUCUACAGGCGAGUCAAUGUGAGAGACUUGUUUGACUUGUUUGGAUGUUCUACUUGUUUGGAUGUUCUCUUGUUUGGAUGUUCUACUUGUUUGGAUGUUCAUGUUGUUACUUGUUUGGAUGUUCUGCUUGUUUGGAUGUUCUACUUGUUUGGAUGUUCUACUUGUUUGGAUGUUCUACUUGUGCCUCAUGUUCCUUUAAGCCCCGGAGGUCACUUCCCUGUCUCCUCCUCCUCCUCACUGUGGUUCAUGUUCAGUUCUGCGUCAGGGACAAAUCUGUCAACUGGAGCAUUUGUCGGAUUCCAAACUGUUUCUUCUUCAUCGGUGAGUUUGUUGAGCAACAAUCGAGCUCCAAGAUCCACCAACAGAAUGACCUUCACAUGUGACCAGUGUGGGAAGGUGUGGCCGAACGCUUCCAGACUGAAAGUCCACUACAGAACUCACACGGGAGAGAGACCGUACAGCUGUGACCAGUGUGGGAAGGGCUUUAGACACGCCGGCGCGCUCUAUCACCACGUGAGAACUCACACAGGAGAAAGGCCGUACAAGUGUGACGUUUGUGAGAAAACGUUUACACGGUCAGGCACCCUGGAAGCACACAUGCGAGUCCACACCGGAGAGAAACCUUUUGAAUGUGACGAGUGCGGGAAGGAAUUUAAAAAGUCCAGUGACCUCUAUCGACAUACGAGAAUCCACACGGGGGAAAAACCGUACAGAUGUGAUGUGUGUGAGAAAACGUUUUCACAGUCAAGCAACUUAGAAAUACAUAUGAGAGUUCACACGGGGGAGAAACCGUUCAAAUGUGACGUUUGUGAGAAAACAUUUUCACAGUCAAGUUACUUAGAAUCACAUAGAAGAGUCCACACUAAAGAGAAACCAUUUGAAUGUGACCAGUGUGGGAAAUCUUUCUCUCAAUCGUCCAAUCUCAACACUCACAUGAGACUUCACUCCUGGCAGAUCCUGUACGAGUGUGACCAGUGUGAAAAGUGUUUUAGAACAUCCCAGGAGCUCUCCAGUCACCACCGAACACACACAGGAGACGAACCAGACGAGUGUGGAGAAAGAGGAGAAGGACUUCAGGUCUGUGAGGAACCGUCUGAAACACGUCCAAAUGUUCCAGAGUGAAGAGAAAAGCUGCAGCUCUGACCAGUGUGGGACGACUUUGAGACGAGCUGCAGCCUCUGGAACACACUAAAGGCCUGACUCCACUGCACACGUCAGCGUUUACGUGUGUGACUUCGUGAAACCACAGCCACACGUUAAAGCGAGAGCGACUCCACCUGAAGCUGCGGCAGGACGAACACGCGCAGCACUGACUCUGUGUUCGUCAGUGUAAAGUCGAUCAAACUCGUCUGAGGAGUUUAGUCGUUUGUAUCAGGUCACAGUGAACACAACACACU